AUUUCCGAUGGGGUAAAAAAACAAAACACGGGCUAGCAAAAGGGCUGUAAUGAAACUGAACAGAAAAGCCCAACUACCGCCUAAAUUAACAUGUUUAGCACACAAAUGAGUCAGUGAAUCAUCAACAACAACACGGGGAACUAAUGUUUGCUAGUCAACCAGACUUUUUUACACCAUGAAUUUAAGAGGACUCUUUCAGGACUUCAAUCCCAGUAAGUUCCUGAUCUACUCGUGUCUACUGCUGUUCUCCGUGCUGCUCUCCCUGAGGCUGGAUGGAGUCAUCCAGUGGAGCUACUGGGCCGUGUUCACCCCCAUCUGGCUGUGGAAGCUGCUGGUCAUCAUCGGGGCCUCUGUGGGCACCGGGGUCUGGGCACACAACCCCCAGUACAGGGCUGAAGGGGAGACAUGUGUGGAGUUCAAAGCCAUGCUGAUCGCGGUGGGUCUGCAUGUCCUGCUGCUGAUGUUCGAGGUGUUGGUGUGCGACCGCGUGGCCAGAGGAGACUACUUCUGGCUCCUCGUCUUCAUGCCACUCUUCUUCGUUUCGCCCGUCUCCGUGGCAGCCUGCGUUUGGGGCUUCAGACACGACCGCUCCCUCGAGCUGGAAGUGUUGUGUUCAGUGAAUAUUCUCCAGUUCAUCUUCAUCGCUCUGAGGCUGGACCUGAUCAUCACCUGGCCCUGGCUGGUGGUGUGUGUCCCGCUGUGGAUCCUGAUGUCCUUCCUCUGUCUCGUCGUCCUUUAUUACAUCAUCUGGUCUGUCCUCUUCCUCCGCUCCAUCGACAUCAUCGCCGAGCAACGCCGGACUCACAUCACCAUGGCGAUCAGCUGGAUGACCAUCGUCGUCCCUCUGCUCACCUUCGAGAUCCUUCUGGUGCACAAGCUGGACGACCACAACAGCCUGAGCUACGUGUGUGUGUUCGUGCCUCUGUGGCUCUCGCUGCUCACACUCAUGGCCACCACCUUUGGUCAGAAGGGAGGAAACCACUGGUGGUUCGGCAUCCGUAAGGACUUCUGCCACUUCCUGUUGGAGCUCCUCCCCUUCCUGCGUGAGUACGGCAACGUGUCCUACGACCUGCAGCGCAGCGAGGACCCCGAGGCGGCGGAGGACCUGCCCGUCCCCGAGCCGCCGCCCAAAAUAGCCCCCAUGUUCCACAAAAAGACGGGCGUGGUGAUCACUCAGAGCCCCGGGAAGUACUUCGUCCCGCCGCCUAAACUCUGCAUCGACAUGCCCGACUAAACUCAUUUAAACGAAGACUUCUGGGACUCAUGGAGCUAGGACAUUUACCUGAAGAUGCUCCUUUACCUAAACUCUUUUCCAGAGCAACACAUCGGAGCCUAAAUGGGGGAAAUGUGGAUCCAGAAUCUUCUUAUAUUUUGACGUUAAGACCACCCUGCUUAAAUCUGUGGAGGAUAUGGACCCUAAAGGAAGUCUUCAGAUUCUCUGGGAUUUAAACUUUUACUCAUGAGACACGACGGAUCGACGUGGAUUAGUUUAUUUGACUUUUUUAGUUAGCGAAUCAAAAGCAAAGACGGCGCUUGUCUUGCUUCAUGAUGGGGACCUUUGGAGAGCUUGAAUUGGGGGUCUCUUUUUACCAGAAAAAAGAGGGAAGUGGAGGUAAAAAAAUAUGUUUUCCAGGUCUGUUUUAGUUCAAUACUCCACACACACGUAUACAAAUUAAGAAUUAUUCGUCUUUAAAUCAUUCUGUGUGAGUAUUGUCUUAAAACACACCUGAAAAAACCUCCUUUUAGAUGAGAAUGAUAGAAAUGGCACUUUGUUAAUCAACAUGAGUCCUGUCUGAACCGACAUUUCUUUUGUAUUCCUGUUUAUUUUAAUGUUGUAAAUAACCAACGAUGUCACGUUAGGGACCCAGGGUUGAAGACUAGAAAAAAAUUGCGAACAAUCACCCCCCUUUUAUUCUUAUUCAACUUGUAAGAGUCAACAGAAUAAAUAAAUACCUUAAAAUAAGCCUUUUUUUUAGGUUUUCUUAUGUGGAUGAUUUACCGUGCUUUAGCAGCUUUCACAGUAUUAUUAUUAUUAUAGCAGACUGUAGAGGAUUAAAAAAGCUUUGCAUUGCCCCUUUAGGUGCACCAUUUCAAAUCCUACACAUAUCAGCUUUCCCUGGCUCACACAAGAACAACUAAAUACAUUUGCAUCCAAAUCUUCUUACUAGUACAUAUAACACCUGUAUGUGUUUGCACAUUGCCAGUAAUUCCUCAAUUUAACUUUUUUGGAUUUCCUUCCACAACCUGACUGCUGUGUGUACAUUUUUUUUUAUAUGACGUCCUUUAAUUUCUUCCAUUGAACUGGUCUGAUUUCCUCAUCACACUUUCCUUUAAUGCCACAGAAUCCUGGGUUUUUCUUCUUGUAUUAGCUGCGGGACUCCCAGAAGUCUCAGCUGUUUUGUCUAUAUAUUUAUUUUAGAAUAAACUACGAAAGAAUGACAUCAUUAUGUUA